GUUCAGGAACAAGAUUUACUCCAAGUGGAAAUGUUUUAUAGAAGUCAUAAAACUGAAGUGACGGUUGGAAAGUGUUUAGCUAAUCUGUAUUUCGGAUCGGAGAAGAAAGUGGACAACGUUGAAAAGUGGGAUUUUGUGAAUACCGGAAUUCCUCUCCUUGUGUUAGACACUGGGGAACAUCAUCGUCAUAGGAGAUUAACCUUUAUUCUUGCCGAGAAAGGUACUGGAUUUACACUGUGGAAGGACACGAUAGAUCACUUGACCAAAUAUUCCAGUCCAAGUGCCAACUUUCAUACAAUGCACGUGUCUAAGGAUCAUUCUAAAUUAGCCGGAUUAAGCUUUGACGACACGAAUGCUGCUUCGGAAUUCUAUACCUUUAUUCAAUCCAUUAUGGAAAACCCGGAUGACGAAUUACUAGCCUUGAGUAAAAAGAAGAAAAAGAAGAAGGAAAAGAAAGAAAAGAAACCGAAAUUUAAACCCCCAAAACGUUCGGACAUAUCUCAACCAUGUUGUUUUGUGCAUGUAACCAAGUUA